AUGGGUGCUUGUUUGAAACUUUAUUACUUUAUAUUUAGCGCACGAUUUGUAUGCUUCUCUCUCAAAUUCAGCGACAAAAUGAGUAAUAUUGCGAGUGAUCUAACCGCAAAACAGAUCAUUUGGAGCCCACCAGACCAAAAACUCCACUCCCAAAAUCUUAUAUCUCCAAUGGCAUGUAUUCCACAAAAACGAGCUUUGCCAGCUUCUAUUGCGUUGGUACGGACUAAAGAUGAUCGUCAAAAAAAAGUGACCGCUUUAAAGCGAGUGCAGCAAAAUGGCAGUAAGCAAAGGAUUGUGCCGGGGGCAUGGAGGUGGUCGUCGAUGCCAUUUUGUCGGGGCUGCACACGUUCGCGAAAGAGUAGAAAAUAUUGUGCUGCUCAUGUACAUUUUGAAAACGACAAUUACUUGAGUACCUGGAACGAUCCCGAUACAUGCCAGGACAGUUAUGUUUCAGUCUACGAACAAAACUUUCUACAAUCAUUUCAACAGAUGCUGCCUAGACUUAGUCAUGCACUUUACGUAGCGUCACUAUCACCUCCAAGAGCAAUAUUUACCUCACUUUCAGUAGGGAAUGUAUCUUGUCUAAGCGAACGAAAAUUAAACCAUUAA